CUUCCUCUCUUGUUUACAGUACGUUUUUCUAAUGCAGAACCAGUAUCGGUUAGGGGGAAAUUUACUAUUUAUUAAAUUAAUUUGUAUGUAUUUAAUAAUGCUGGAGCAAAAUGAUAUAUUACCAUACUAAUCACGUCAUGUUUAAGUUAAACAAUGUACAGAAGUUGCUUUUGUAACCAGGUAGAAGUCAGACUAGUUAGCUAAAAUAGCUGGCUAGCUAGCUAACUGUUAGCUAACACAGGACAGGAUGCAAAGACCGUACCAGUGAGGUUUAUGACACUAACUUGCUUAUUAUUGACACAUAACUAAAAUCCAUAUUCCGAGUUUGGUGACUUGAGCCUUUAAUGUACAUCUACAAUGGUCGUGGAGGUAGAGAGCUUAUUCGGGGUGUAUAUGCUGUAUUGCACCAAUCCCAAAUUCAAGGGUCGCAUCUACAUUGGUUUCACUGUGAAUCCAGAGCGUCGGAUAGGACAGCACAACGCAGGGCGACACCGAGGUGGUGCCAAGAGGACCAGUGGAAGGGGACCUUGGUAGCUAACAGAACUAAUGUGAAAUAAGAUGAUGUUUUAUGGGAGAUAUUAUGAGUGUUGUGGCUUGUUGCCAUUUCUACAGUCUUUGAGAGACCUUGUACAUCAUGUGGAUUUUGUCCUUCUGCUUUCUCCAGGGAGAUGGUUCUCAUCAUUCAUGGCUUCCCCUCUGACAUAGCUGCUUUGAGGGUAAGUCAUUAGGAACUGCUUCUCUUUAGCCUAACUUUCCAUUCAACAACCUUAGUUAAACUCCCUCCCCCCCUUCACAUGUCACCAGUUUGACAUUUCAAGACCUAACCCCUGUCUUCUCCUUCCUUCCAUCAAUAGUUUGAGUGGGCAUGGCAGAACCCCCAUUCCUCCCGGCGCCUGUCCCACGUCACCCGGCGCUCAAAGAAGGAGUCCAGCCUGCAGUUCCACUGGCGCGUGGUGUCCAACAUGUUGCGGGUGACACCGUGGAGCCGCCUGCCCCUCACCACCCGCUGGCUCAAGCAGGAGUACAGGAUGGACUUUGAGCCUGGCCUUCAGCCGCCGCUGCACGUCCCUGUGGCCUUCGGUAGCAUCAGGGCCAAGAAACAGAAACCGAAGGAAGUGGAGGAGGAGAAGGGGGCAGAUAUAUGCCUCCUUUGUCGGGGGACUGUGAAGGUAAAGCGAUACAGUGGCCACCAAUACUGGUCCUGGAGAGCAAUGAAAUGCAGGGUUUUGUUCCAACCCUGCAUCGAAACAUGUCAUUUAGCUAGUUGACUGCUCAUCAAGACCUUGAUUAAUUGAAUCCUUUCAGUCUGCAGAUAAGAUGACCUGCUUCCAUCCCUCUUGUCACAUGACCAGCCACCUGAUUUGCUUAGCCAAACACUUUCUGAAGGCUGAGGCCGCCCAUCUCCUUCCUGUGGAGGGGGAGUGUCCCGGUUGCCGACACUCAGUACUGUGGGGGAGUCUGAUUCGCCACAAGAAUGGCUGUUACGGAGACCUGGAGGAGAACACAUCAUCCUCAUCCCAAGUAAGUGAGGGAUUAAAAUGUAGGAAUUAUGAUUGUGUCCGGGUUUUGUAUUUUACUUAUUCAUUCAGACUUGCCACAAUAACUAACAGUGAAAAGAUUAGGAUGAAGGCCCAAGGCAUUUGUGAGACUUCUGUUAUAUGACUCUUAUAAUAAUCCUGUAAUAAUGCAUAUGUGGUGUUCCACAGAACCAUUGGACAGAUGAACUGCAGAUCUAAUCUGAAUGUAAUCAGUCAGAACCUUUCUAAUACAAAACUUUGAACUGCUACUGAGUCACCAUGAGUGUACAGAGAAGAGGCUGCGAAGAUAGGAUGAAAUACAGUAGAUCAAUGACUAGCAAGUUACUCUUGAAUGGACUUUCCUGCAACAGCAAAGGCUUGAUCAAUUGAUUGAUCCGUCAGAAGAUCAGAAGAUUUCAUGUUUGCACAAAAAUAAUGCUGGUCUGGUGUGAAAAAUGUUUUUAAUGCAACAUCUGAACCCUUUUUAGAUUUGUAAAAAUGGACAACAAAAAUGUAUAUUUAUGAAUGUAUCUGUUAACUAAAAUACAAUCAUGAAUAAGCCAGUUUUAAAUGUGUGUAAAAACCUAUAUGUAUUGUAUGUACAACCAAUAAAACAUAGAUGCUUUGUUUUGGAGCCAAGGAAAACACACGUUUUUGCCCCUGAGGAAGUGUUUAUUUCGGUAUGAUGUACCCACAAAGUUUCAAUCCUUAAAAUCAUCACUAAAAUAGCACCUGAGACCAUAUACAGUUGAAGUCGG